AAAAUCAAAAAUAUCCCCGCCUACUGAUACUCUUAAGUGAGCUAUGCAGUUCAUUAGGGACUUCCUGCUACUGCUAGUCUGCUACCGCUACUGCUCCACUGCGAGCCGUUGAAUGCAGAGUUGCUUGAAGGAUUUUAAUGAACAUCUUGGCCUCCCUUACGCCCGCAGCCGCCUCCACCACGACGUGCUUUGCUCAUAGCCGCCAUGCAAUGCCGUCCACUACUCCCUCACGCGCCAAGUCCGAAGCUCCAUCACGCGGUACAUCCCAAAGCCACGACCCACGCACGCUUCCAAUCUGCCAUAGCCGCCCUCUGCAACACCGCCAUCCGAGAGCGCAGAGGGAGCAGCUGCGGUGCCUCUCCUUCACCCAGUAAAGUGAACAUACAUGCAAGUUCAACAGCUAACAUCAGAAUCCGUGGAAGAGCGAUGGUGGUUUCUAUGGGUAUGCUAGCACCGAGAAAGUUUAUGCAGAAGAGGAAGAAAGUGGAAGUUUUUAAAGAUGCAGCUGAUGAAGCUGAUCAAAAGAACUGGAGGAGACUGAUGAAGGAAAUUGAUGAAGCAGGUUCUGCAGUUAUGAUACUCAGACAGCACAGGAUCAAGAAUCAGGCUCUUCCAAGAGACCUGGUUCUGGGAACCUUGGUUAGAUUUAAGCAGCUUAAGAAAUGGAACCUUGUUGGCGAGAUUCUUGAAUGGCUUCGAACUCAACAUUGGUGGGAUUUUAAUGAAAUGGAUUUUCUAAUGCUUAUUACGGCUUAUGGAAAGCAAGGGGACUUUAAUAAGGCUGAAAGAAUUUUAAGCUACAUGAAUAAGAAGGGCUACGUUCCCAGUGUGGUGUCCCAUACUGCUAUAAUGGAAGCGUAUGGAAGAGGGGGUGAGUCCAAUAAGGCUGAAGCUGUGUUUCGAAGGAUGCAGCUGUCAGGCCCUGAACCUUCUGCUUUAACUUAUCAAAUAAUCCUUAAGAUAUUUGUUGAGGCAGAUAAGUUUAAGGAAGCUGAAGAAAUUUUCGACCAUCUUUUGAAUGAUAAGGAAUCAAAACUGAAGCCAGACCAAAAAAUGUUCCAUAUGAUGAUUUAUAUGCACAGAAAGGCUGGCAGCUAUGAAAAAGCUCGUAAAGUAUUUGUACUGAUGGCUGAUCGAGGAGUUCAACGGUCAACAGUUACUUAUAAUAGCCUUAUGUCAUUUGAGAAUAAUUACAAGGAGGUUUCAAAUAUCUAUGACCAGAUGCAAAGAGACAAUCUUCGACCAGAUGUUGUGAGCUAUGCUUUACUCAUUAAUGCUUAUGGGAAAGCUAGAAGGGAAGAAGAAGCAUUAGCCGUUUUUGAGGAGAUGCUGGAUGCUGGUGUCAGGCCAACAAAGAAAUCUUAUAACAUUUUGCUUGAUGCAUUUGCAAUCUCGGGAAUGGUGGAGCAGGCUCAGACUGUGUUCAAGAGCAUGAGAAGAGACAGGUACUACCCGGAUCUUUGCUCUUACACUACAAUGUUAUCCGCUUAUGUCAAUGCUGCUGACAUGGAUGGUGCUGAGAAAUUCUUCAGACGACUGAAACAAGAUGGAUUUGAACCCAAUGUUGUUACUUAUGGUACAUUGAUAAAAGGGUAUGCUAAGGCAAAUUGUUUUGAGAAGAUGAUGGAGAAAUAUGAGGAAAUGCGGGAAUCUGAUAUUAAAGCGAAUCAGACAAUCUAUACUAUAAUCAUGGAUGCGUAUGGCAGGAGUGGAGAUUUUGGCAGUGCUGUUAUUUGGUAUAAAGAAAUGGUAUCAUCGGCGGUGCCUCCAGACCAAAAAGCAAAAAAUGUCUUUGUGUCUUUGGCAAAAACAGCGGAAGAGCAGAAGGAAGCUAAAGAGCUUGUGGGGCUGCUACCCGAUGACAAAAUGAUUGAUGAGAUUUCAAAUGUCGAUGACAACAGUGAUGAUGAUGAUGACAACAGUGAUGAUGAUGACGACGAGGAUGAUACUGUUGAAAAUGAUAAUGCUGUGCAUAAUGUACCUUUCGAAGACAAGCAGGAUGAUUUUACAGUUUAUGAUGGCGAUUAUCAACAAAAUCAAAGUGACGUGCAUUUUCCCGCAUUAUGUAAUUUGUAAAUUCAAUAUUUGUCAUAUUACGCUUGCCAUAAAGCUUGAAAAUUAUAUUUCAAUGAGGUUAGAGCGCUGUUGAAUCUUGUGAGUAUUGAGGGAUUAUAUAUAUGCAAUUGUAAUUUUUAGUGGUGUUUGUAGCAAA